AUGUCAGUUAGAGAAAAUUUAGAUGCUAUUAUUAAAGGUAUUCAAGAAUCAAGAAUUUUAGAAGUUUUUGAUAAAUACUACCAUGAUGAUGUUGUAAUGUAUGAAAAGGGUGACUCUACUAACCGUGUUGGUAAGGCUGCUAAUCGUAAAGCUGAAGAAGGUUUUGUAAAUAAUGCUGUAAUCUCUGAAGCUAAAGUUCUUAAAGUUCUUGUUGAUGGUAAUAACUCUGCUUAUGAGAUGCUUAUGAAGUUUACUUAUGGUGGCCAUCCAGUUGAAAAAGUACAAUGGGCAUUACAAGAAUGGAAAGAUGGCAAAGUCAUUAAAGAAGAAUUCUAUUAA